CAGAGAAAAAGGUCCGUGUUUAGAGAGAGAGAAAAAAAAAAAACUGGAUUCUAUUCUGAACAAGAGACGAGGAUCGUAGCGUCCAUACAUCUACACGUAGCUCAAACUUCUGGGGUGACCAACAAGAAGAUGGAGUGGCCUGCUUACCUAGAUGAGUACGAAAAGCUCGUUAUUCGCAUGACUACUCCCAGGGUCAUGAUUGAUAAUGCCGUAUGCCCUGAUGCAACCCGAGUUAUGAUUGAUAGUGCAAGAAAGCAUGAAGUUCUUCUGGAAGCAGUUCAAGUGCUAACCGAUCUAAACCUUUCAAUCAAGAAAGCAAACAUCUCCUCCGAUGGCCGGUGGUUUAUGGACGUUUUUCAUGUUACUGACUUGAAUGGGGAGAAGUUAACAGAUGAGAGUGUCAUCAAUUACAUUCAACAGUCCCUUGGAAGAACUCAGUAUGGAAGUUCAAAGAGUUUUGAUGGGCUAACUGCGCUAGAAUUAACCGGGACUGAUAGAAUCGGGUUACUCUCAGAGGUUUUUGCUGUGCUAUCCGAUUUGCAGUGCAGUGUAGUGGAGUCUAAAGUGUGGACUAACAAUGGCAGAAUUGCAGCUCUGAUUUAUCUCAAAGAUUGCGAUUCGGGGUCCCCAAUUGAGGACUGCCAGAAGAUGGACAGAAUCGGGGCUCGAUUGAGGUAUGUGCUCAAGGGGGACAAUGAUAUCCGGAGUGCCAAGACCUCGGUUUCCAUGGCGGUUAUGCAUCCCGAGAGAAGGCUUCACCAGAUGAUGUUUGCUGACCGGGAUUACGAGAGAAAACCGGUUGUUCCCGUGGUCUCGGUUUUGAAUUGUCUGGAAAGGGGAUACUCGGUUGUCAAUGUUCAUUGCAAGGAUCGUGCUAAGCUCCUGUUUGAUGUGGUCUGCACGCUGACAGAUAUGGACUAUGUCGUGUUCCAUGCCACGGUGAACACGGUUGGGGAUAGAGCAUCCUUGGAAUUCUUCAUCAGACACACGGAUGGAACCCCGAUUAGUUCUGAUGCUGAGAAACAGCGCGUGAUUCUUUGCCUCCAAGCAGCGAUUGAAAGACGAGCAUCUGAGGGGACACGCCUUGAGCUAAGUACAAGUGACCGACAAGGGCUAUUGGCCGAUGUGAUGAGAACGUUCAGGGAAAACGGCAUUAAUGUGAAGAGGGCUGAGAUAUCAACAAAAGGCGACACAGCUCAGAACGCGUUCUAUGUAACAGACGCGACUGGGAAUUGCGCUGAACCAAAAGCCAUCGAGGCUGUUCGACAGAAGAUCGGUUGGGGUGUCUUGGAAGUGAAGGAACUGCCGGUGAUGUAUCAUAGGGCUGCCGAAGAGGCUGAGCAGCCUGCGGGGGGCGUUGGCGGGGCAAUGUUGCUCUCACUUGGAAGCAUAGUAAGGAGGAACCUCUACAAUCUUGGAUUGAUCAAAUCUUGUUCUUGAAUGCAUUAUGAGGAGGCAUAGAAUCCCACUCCGGAACCCUAAUGUUUUCCACUACUCUUAGGGCUCGGGAUCGAGUGAUGUGAACUUAACUAAACAGAUCGAGGUUGUCGGGUCCAACAGUAUGUCAAACUAGGUUCACAUCGUUGUGUGACAGAGGUGUCGAGUCCAACAUCAAGUCGUGUCGAGUUCACAUCGACACAUUAGACAUAUAGUGUUGUGGUGAUGGUAGUUAGUUGUAGGCUAGACAGGUAGGUAUAUACAUUUGUUGAGAAGUAGAGAAAUGAAAAUAGAAACAAAAAGUUGGUAGAAGUGGAAUGGUGGUUGGUUUGUAGUUGUAAAUUGGUUGUUUGUUGCCGCCAAGGAGAUUUGAUUAGCUAGGUUAUAGGGAUAGGAAAUUGGUUGUGUACAUAUACAUUCCAACAUAUAUAAAUAUAUAUCCAAUAUUUUUUUAUUUGAUAAUCCAA